AAUUAUUAGGCGGUCGCGCAGCCGCGGGGCCGACGGUCACGUGACCACCUUAUCGACGUAUCGCGUUGGACGUGCGCCGAAAGUAAGCUGUCAAACACGAAGAUGGCCGCUAUCACUGAAAUAUUAAAGUCUCUCGCGGCGAGAGCGAUUUGCCGACAGAAAAUGUAGAAUUCCCCGGCCCGGAGACGCGUCCCAGUGACAUUAGUAGUAGCAGCAGCAGCGGCAGUAGUUUCAGUGUUAAUUGAGUGACAUGUGUGUUGUUGUUCGUAGUGCUGAUAAACAGUUGAUUUUUCGCGGAUUUUGCGUCACGAUGCCACUUGGGACUCGAUUUCUCUUUUCGUUUCGUAGUUAAUCGUAGAAAACACUGUCCGUUGUUCUCUGGAAGAACGCUCAAGGGAUAGUAGGCCAUAGGUGUGUUAAGGAUGAACUCGAAACUUUUUCAGCAAAUCUUAAGUAUGAACAUAAUGCGCAAAUUACGAGGGGGCACCAGCGUCGGAGGCAUGGGUUCAAGCGGCACCGGCAGCCUGGACGAUUGUGCCGGGGGCGCCAAUCCUCAGCACACUGCUCUGGGGCUGAUGCACCUCAAGAAGCUGUUCUCCGAGUACACGCAUCCACCUCAUCCUCUCUCUGAUGCUGAACGUGACGACAAAUUGUACAACAUGUUGCCAUUGUUUUGCAAGGUAUUCGGAUCUAGUCCAUCGGGGGAUAUGAACGAAAAGUUCUGGGACAUUCUGGCAUUCACGCAACAAGUCUCGAGAUUGAUGGUGUCGGAAAUCAGGAGGAGGGCGAGCAAUCAGAGCACCGAGACGGCAAGUUGUGCCAUCGUGAAGUUCUUGGAGAUUGAGAACAGCGAGGAGUCGAGCAACGGCUGGAUGUUGUUGUCCGCGUUGAACUUGCUGGCGGCGGGUGAUACUUCUUUGAUACAAGCCAUGACCGCUGCCUCGGUUCCGUCGACUUUGGUGAAAUGUUUGUAUCUCUUCUUCGAUCUGCCCGAGAUGAACGAGGAGGACGCUGAUAUUACCGACGCUAAUAGUGAAUUUACUCCUAGAGAACGUAGGAUACUAUUACAAAAAAUAUUUGUUCAGCUGUUGGUGAGAUUGUGUAGUCAUCCGUAUCCCGCGGAAGAACUUGCCCGUAAGGACGAUCUCACCUUAUUGUUCUCAGCAAUAACCAGUUGGUGUCCGCAGUAUAAUGUUAUGUGGCGUAAGAGUGCCGCGGAAGUUUUGAUGACGUUGUCCCGUCACGGUCUUACGCAGAACGUAGUAGCCUACAUACAUAAUAAAGGAUGCAUAGCACUCUGUAUCGAUAAUAUGCAACGUGUACCUGAGCUGGCACCAUUAGAAGUUGUAGAAAUGUUCGUGACAGUGUUCUGUUUUCUAAAAGAUUCCAGUGAGGUUUCUCAGACAUUGCUAGACGACUUUCGCGCCUGUCAAGGCUACAUCUUCUUGUCUGAGUUCCUGUUAAAACACGCGCCCUCGCGAUUAGAGCAAGAUGGUAGAGCGGAAGCGCAAGAUGCGAUUCGAAAUUUGGUACUAAUGUUAGCGUCUUUGACAAUGUGCGGCCAUACGGAGCUAAAACCGAGUCAAGCUAGUAUGGGAUCUUUGUUUCAAAUGCUCGGAUUCUCCUUGCCACAGCCCAGCAACAGAGGAGGAAGCGUCCGGAACAUUCAAGCGUUCCAAGUAUUGCAGUCGGUAUUCGUGAAGUCCAAUUCACCGCUUCUGUGCUGCACUAUACUGGACGCUAUAUCCAGCGUGUAUCACAGCGACAACGCGAAUUACUUCAUCCUCGAGGGACAGAACACCUUGUCGCAAUUCGCUGAGAAGAUCCACCUGAAGAAUCCGGAGAUACAGGAGAAAUUCUUUCAGCUGUUGGAAUUCAUUGUUUUCCAACUGAAUUUUGUACCGUGCAAGGAACUCAUAUCCCUGUCCAUUUUACUGAAGACCAACAACUCAGUCGCUUGCAGUAUAAUGUGUAUGGAGACUCUUCUCAAUAUACUCAGACACAACACUAUAUUUAAAGACGUUUACAGAGAAGUCGGUAUGCUGGAGGUUUUUGUGACUUGCCUCCACCGUUACGCGACAUUACUCAAGGACAAGCAAGCCGCCAUCGAUCAAGGAUUAGAGUACAUAAUAUGCCCGGAGGAUGAACGGUUGGGUGCCUUAGUGAUGGAGGCUUUGACAACACUGUUAGCGAGUAAUGUUCAAAAUGCGAACGUCUUCAGGGAAUGCGGGGGCGCGCGUUGCGCUCACAAUCUAGUGCCCUACGUGGAUUGCCGGUACCAAGCGCUCGGUAUCGUGAGAGAACUGAUACUCAGUGCGGGCGGUGAUGACGACAUGGCGACGCUGCUAGGAGUAAUGCAUUCGGCCCCACCCAACGCCUUGAUCUUAAAGACGCAUAUAUUAAAAUCCCUGUUAACCUGUCUACGUGAAUCACACAGGACCAGAACGGUGUUUCGGAAAGUGGGCGGCUUCGUAUACGUGAUGUCCGUCUUGGUGUCCCUGGAGGGUCAAUUGGGCAUGCAGAGGUCGGAGAACGCCGAGCCUUGCAACGAUAUCGUGCAGAGAACUAUGCAGGACGAGAGCCAGUUGCUGAUAUUGUUAUACGUAGUGUUUCAUACCAUAAGUACGGCUAUGCGAUUUGAGCCGGCGAACGCGAAAUUCUUCCAUCACGAGAUCUGCCAGUCCAGUUUAUGCGAUACCCUGCGCCUGCUCGGCUGUUUCUCGACGCAAACGAAACUUAUCGAGAUGGACAUGAUACCGACCAUGAAUUACCACAACAUGCUGGUAUCGCUGUUCACCGGGAGCGUGCUGGAACCGGUGUUUCCGGACGAUAUGCCAAAGACGUUGGGAUACGCGUGCUUGCUGCUGCGUCUGCUCUACGACGUGGCGCUCGACUCCUUCGACAAGCCGAACAUAGUUAACGUAGGAAUAAGAUCCCCGAGCCACAAGCAAAACAGCGUGGAGCAACAAAAGUCCUUCGAUUCUCCCGGCAGCGGCAAGAGGUGCAUCAUAAACUCCUUGAAUCUAAGCCCGCCCGCGCCCGAGCCAAUAGUCGUCCAUCCCGGCAUAGUCGUGGGGAUGCUUCACCUACUCCCGUCUAUAUCCGAGCCGUCUAAUCCGCAAAUGGCGCUAGCGUUGCAGCUGUAUGUGGCGGAGAUCAUCAAGAGCUUGGUACGCUCGGAGAGGAACCAGCAGGUGAUGUGCGAGGCCGGCAUGGCCGGCGAGCUCUUGUCCAUGGGCAGGAUCGCCCUGCAGGACGAGACGCAUCCGCUCCACCAGCCGCUGCAGUACAUCAUCGAGCGACUCGCGGCCCAAUCGCUUGAACCGAGGGACCUGAGGGAGUUCCUGCGUUUGGGCGACCCGUUGUGCUGUAUCUCGCUGGAUGAUAUCGAGCCGAACAAACCCAGGGGAGGGCCUGUCCCUCUGACGCGCAUUAAGACACUGGUGUCGAUGACGACGCCCAAAGAUUUUCGAGCUCAUGGCUCGUGCACCUUACCGCCCUUCGUCGAAUUGGAUAUGAGCGCCGAGGGGUUCGCCUGCUUGUAUCUACCGAGUGUAGCACCGCAGAGCACCACCCCGCCUACGGUAGUCGCCGCGGACAACAGCGUAUUGGGCGGAAUUGGCUCGGGCGACAGGUUAUUCCCACCACAGACCGGCUUAACGUACAGCACGUGGAUAUGUGUUGACAAAUUUAGCGAUCCGAGAACCGAUCCUCAUUGCGUGAGAUUGCUCACGCUGGUGCGUACCCCACAAUCCGCACAAUCUGCGAAAGAUUUAAUUUGCCUGACCGCUGUUCUUAGUGCUAGAGAUAAAGCUAUUAUCGUCUCCACUCAGGAGACGCUUAUCUCCCAAAAUACGGGCGAGUGGGAGCCCGACGGAACUGGCGAAUGCGGUGCCAGAGUUUGGUGUCCGGACUUGCUUCACGAAGGACAAUGGCAUCAUAUCGCGAUUGUGCUGAAUCGCGCUGUUCUUAAGAACUCGAGUUUCUCUUUGUAUUUGGACGGCCAACAUAUUCACAGUCAGAAGCUUCAUUAUAUCUCACAAGUUGCCGGCGGUGGAGCGGCCAAUUUGACCGUAGCCUCUCCAGUUUACGGCUACAUCGGCACGCCGCCCUGUUGGCGCCGAUAUUCCAAAUUAACGUGGAAACAAGGGCCGUGCCAUUUGGUGGAGGAAGUGUUUAAUUCUCAGAAUAUCGCCACUCUGUUCAAGCUAGGACCGCAUUACAUGGGAAGCUUGCAAGCUCCCCAAUUGAGCGGUCCCGAACCUCUGAUAGCCCUCGUGGCCGAAGAGAAGGUUGUGUUUGGCCUGAACGCGAAGGCCAUGUCGCAAUUGACCCUAGCCAAGAUCAGGAAGGUCUACAGUCGAGCCGAUAACAAAUCAAUCGCCAAACAGCUCGGCAUGUCAUCCCACGAAAACGCCACCCCUAUCAGAGUUCUCCAUAAUUCCGCGGGACACCUCAGCGGUCCGGCGAGAGCAUUAGGCGGUGUAGUUGUCGGUUAUCUCGGUGUUCGUGUAUUUAGUCCUAAGCCCGUAGCUACUAUGAUCGACAACGUAGGAGGAUGUUCGGUGUUAUUAGGUUUGAUAGCUAUGGCCCAGGACGUAGAAUCUCUGUAUGCGGCCGUAAAGGCGCUAGUUUGCGUGGUGAGAUCCAACCAAGCGGCCCAACAAGAGAUGGAUCGCAGGAGGGGGUAUCAGACGUUAGCGAUGCUGUUGAGAAGGAAGUGUCCUCUGCUGAACAGUCACAUACUGCACUUGACGUUCAGUCUCGUCGGGACGGUCGAUAGCGGCCGAGAAACCAGCGCGAUACCCAACGUCACGGCGUUCCAAGACCUCUUGUGUGAUUUGCAGGUGUGGCACGAAGCACCCGGAGAAUUGCUGAGGUCUCUCCUCGAACACCUGUACGAGCUGAUAGCGGAGUCCAGCGAGAAACGGACUAACUUGCGACUGAUGAGGGACUUGCAACUGGUGCAUAAAUUACUGCACAUCUUAGGCGACGUGAAACUAGGCAGCACGAGGCAGAUCCUUUUGGCGCUUCUCAGCAUAUUACUGAGCCAACCGCGACAAGCUGAUUUAUUAUGGUUCGGGCAAUUUAUUGUGGCUACCUUGCCGUUGUGUCCCGAGAAGCAUCUGAUCCUUCGGGAAGGAGAAGGAAUUAAGGACGGGGAAGGCGAGAGUAUACUUCUGCGCAACCGUUGCUUGCAGCUUUUACACUCGUUGUUGUUUAACGGAUGCAAAGUUAAUGUCAAGAUGUGCGAAGAGGUAGCCACGGUUCUGGGCCUGGAUUGGGUAUUGUUGUUCCUGCAGUCUGGUCUCCACAGCACGACGGUUGUCUGGGGAUUACGCAUACUCGUCGCGGGGUGCACCGUACAAUCGAUCCUGCAGAAAUUCAAGGAGGGAACGAGCAACGGAGGCUGGCUGCGACAUACCGAUCACAACAAAAUGGCACUAGCACUCGGUUGCCAUCAGCAAAUGUCAACCGGCGAAAUUAAGCCGUCUGGGCUACACGUGCCGGGAUUUCAACACCUGGGCUGGUUGCUUCCGCAACAUAUCGACCUCGUCCCGGAACUGUACUUCCUCUUCAUCGCUCUUAUGAUGGGACAGCCUGUGAAAUUGCUGCCUACCGACUCGAAGCUUGAUUUGGACAACGUCUGGAAUUUCAUGUUCGGCGUCCCAGCGAAUCACACGUUGUCGUCGUUCGCUAGCAGAAUUAACCUCUGUCCCGAAGCGGUGGUCACGUUGCUGGCUAUGGUGCGGACUAUGUUAAACAGUCACUCGAACAACCCCGAAGUGCUACCGGCAUGGUUGAACGAUUAUCCCGUGACAAUAAUACAAUUCCUGUUCUUCCUCUACCACAAUUUCACCGACUUCAUGCAAGUCUUUAUGUCCGCGGAAGUUCUGGGUGCCUUAGCUGGGACCUUGUUUCCGAAACCCGCGAGUUCUAGUCAGGAUAGCAGCGGCGCCAGCACCCCUGCCGACGAGCAAGAGCCGGUGUUGGUGAGAUCGCCGUCGAAGGACGUCGGACUGACGAACCAUCCGGCGAAGAAGUUCGUGAUGGACUUUCUGCGGGUCAUCGUCGUCGAUUCCCUGUCGCUGCCGGUAACGGCGAAGUCGCCGCCGGCGAUCGAUCUGGUUCUGGAAGCGUGGCCGGAACAUGCGUCGACGGGCCAACAGAUGCGCUAUCAGACAGAGGUGUUGUCUAUAUUGAUGGAACAUCUGUUGGCCGCGGACGUUCUCAUAGGAGAACAGGCUGCGUUGCCCGUCGUUCCCGGCGGAUCGGUCAAUAAUAUCACCAACAACGUGUGCUACGUGGCAGCCAGAAUAGUCGACAAACUGUGGCAAGGCGCUCUGACGAAAGACCCGCACGAGGUGUUCGAUUUCAUCGUGAAGCUGAUCGGCCAAGCGAAACGGCGGCCCGGUGCCGUCAGCAUGGAAGGCCUUCAUCACUGCCUGAAUAGGACGAUCUUGUUCUUACUGUCACGCGCGACAGACUCUAUCGCCGAUCAAAUGGCCGUAUUAGAGGCAUUACAUAAGCUUACUACUCAUAGAUUACUAGUGUUCGGUGCUGGCAAUCACGAAUUGGAGUUCAUCGGCUGCCUGACGUAUUGCCUGUUGCAACUUACGGCCGACAUAAAGAUCAUGUUGGACACCAACAUGAAGACGACCUGGCACGUGAAUCCGCAAGUGGAAUCCAGCGACGACAGGCUGACGUCUCAUCAGGGACACAAUCUGAUGGCCGUAGCGGCGACGAGAGUGUGGGAGGAGCUGUACGUGUGUAAGAAGCCCGCCAUAGAGGAAGUCUUCAAGGUGACCCUGUCGGCGCCUGUGGCUAACGAACGGGCGCCCGAAUUGUCGAUCGUGAGGGAGCAGGUGCACGAAGCCGCGUCGAAGCUUUGGCUGAAUUAUGUGGUUCUGGAAAGAAGGGCCUCGUACAGGGUCCCUUGGGAGCUUCACAAUCAGAUCCAAUCGAAAAUCCAAAAGGUGACCGGAGGAUUGACGAGAUUAGCGAGCAGGACGAAGGUGCGGAAGGAGGAGUCCGUGCGGGUGAGACUCAGACUGCAUCAGAACACCGUUGCCCAGUGGACGGAGCAGCACGUCGCGCUGGUCAGGGAGCUCGCCGCGGUGAGACGUUUGCAGCACCAGCAGACCAAUCUGCACACUCAGCGUUACGUGUAUCAAGAAUGGCUGCAAACCGAGACGGAAUUGACACGAGAACGCGGCCUUUGGGGGCCCCCGACAUCUACCAAACUCGACAAGUGGAUGUUAGACAUGACGGAGGGACCGUGCAGAAUGCGCAAGAAGAUGAUGAAGAACGAGCUCUUCUACAUACACUAUCCGUAUCGGCCUGAAUUAGAGCACCCUGAUAACAAACAGCUAAAGUACAAAGUAGCGACCAGCAUGGACAGCAAGGAGUACUAUCUGAAGCAACUAGGCAACUCGUCGGGAAUGUUCGAGCGCGAACGAGACCCCGUGAUAGACGACACACCGUUAAAUGUGAACGAGGCUUCUACCGAGAGCGAGCCACCGAUGGUCCCGUGCACGUUGGAGCGCCACGCCAGCGAGCCGGACGAGGCGCCCGAGGAUAACGAGCAGGAGGAGGAGAACAAUCAGACUGUCCCAGACAAUCAAACUUUGUUACGUCUGCUCGAGGAGCACGAGAAGAUCAGUCACAUGUUCAGAUGCGCGCGAAUACAGGGUCUGGACACGACCGAGGGGAUCCUCUUGUUCGGCAAGGAACACUUCUAUGUGAUCGACGGGUUCACGUUGCUGAAGUCCAGAGAGAUCAGAGACAUCGAGAGCUUGCCGGAGGCGUACGAGCCGAUCUUGCCGUCACCGGGCUCCCCGAGAAGAUCCAGGGCGAUGAGGCAGUGCUCCAAAUUCAAUUACGAAGACGUCAGGGAAGUGCACAAGAGACGAUACCUGCUGCAACCGAUGGCGCUGGAAGUGUUCAGCGGCGACGGCAGAAACUACCUGUUGGCUUUCCCGCGAAAAGUAAGAAACAAGGUCUACCAAAGAUUUAUGAACGUCGCCACUGCGAUCGCCGACAGCGCCCAGCAAUCCGUGGCUGGCCAGAAACGCACAGCCAACGUCGAGCAGGCCACCGGCCUGCUCUCGAAUCUCAUCGGGGAGACCUCGGUCACUCAGAGAUGGGUGAGAGGAGAAAUAUCGAAUUUCCAAUACCUGAUGCAUCUGAACACCCUGGCGGGGCGUAGUUACAAUGAUCUUAUGCAAUAUCCAAUCUUCCCGUGGAUCUUGGCCGAUUACGACAGCGAGGAGCUCGAUUUCACGGACUCGUCGACGUUUCGAGACUUCAGCAAGCCCAUGGGCGCUCAAAGCCCCGAGCGAUUGCUGCAGUUUAAAAAGAGAUACAAAGAGUGGGAUGACCCGCACGGAGAGACCCCUCCUUACCAUUACGGUACGCAUUAUUCGUCCGCGAUGAUAGUGUGCUCAUACCUGGUGAGAAUGGAGCCGUUCACGCAGCAUUUCCUCCGACUGCAGGGCGGGCACUUCGACUUGGCCGACAGGAUGUUCAACAGUAUAAAGGAAGCGUGGCUGUCAGCCUCCAAGCACAACAUGGCGGACGUGAAAGAACUUAUCCCGGAGUUCUUUUACCUACCGGAAUUCCUUGUCAAUUCGAAUCACUUCGAUUUAGGCUCUAAGCAGAGCGGUGUUCAACUCGGCGAUAUUGUUCUUCCACCUUGGGCGAAGCAAGACCCUCGCGAAUUUAUCCGCGUGCACAGACUCGCGCUGGAGUGCGACUACGUGUCGCAGCAUCUCCAUCAGUGGAUCGACCUGAUAUUCGGCUGCAAGCAGAACGGCCCCGCGGCGGUCGAAGCUGUCAAUGUAUUCCACCAUCUCUUUUACGAGGGCAACGUCGACAUCUACAACAUCGACGAUCCAUUGAAGAAAAACGCGACUAUCGGCUUCAUCAACAACUUCGGCCAGAUACCCAAGCAACUGUUCAAAAAGCCGCACCCAGCCAAGAAGAUGUCGCAGAGGACCAGCGUCAUAGAUCCCGGACCGAUCACCCCCGGUCUGAGCAUCACCACGUCCGACAAAUUGUUCUUCCAUAAUCUCGAUAAUUUGAAACCUUCGUUACAGCCCAUCAAAGAACUCAAGGGCCCGGUCGGACAGAUACUGCACGUGGACAAAGCUGUGCUGGCGGUGGAGCAAAACAAGACGCUGAUCCCGCCGUCGUACAACAAGUACGUGGCGUGGGGAUUCGCCGAUCAUUCCCUCAGAAUAGGCAACUACGACAGCGACAAGGCAAUCUUCGUCGGCGAGGCGAUGAUGCAGAGCAGCGGCGAAAUAGUAGCGUGCGUUUGCCCGUCUUCCAAACUGAUAGUUACCGCUGGCACCAGCUCUGUCGUGACCGUUUGGGAAUACGCCAAGCGACAACUGUCCAUAAAACAAUGCUUGUAUGGACACACCGACGCGGUCACUUGCUUGUCGUCUAGCCCCGCGUACAAUGUCAUCGUAUCCGGAUCACGCGACGGUACCGCCAUCAUAUGGGACUUGUCCCGAUGCUUGUUCGUGCGACAGCUCAGGGGCCAUGCGGGACCGGUGGCUGCAGUGGCCAUAAACGAAUUGACGGGGGACAUUGCCACGUGCGCGGCCACGUGGUUACACGUAUGGAGCAUCAACGGCGAAGAAUUGGCGAGUGUAAACACAUGCGUCGGCCGCGCGGACCGAAUGCAGCAAAUACUGUGCGUCGCCUUCAGUCAGACUCACGAAUGGGAUUCUCAGAACGUAAUCAUGACUGGCUCCACUGAUGGUGUCGCUCGUAUGUGGUCGAUGGAUUACGUGCAAGUGCCUGCGGAGGAGGAGAAGCCUGAGGAGGUGGUGGUCGCCAAAGAGAAGAACGAGGGGCAGGGUAACGAAGAGAAUCAAACCGAAACGACGAAGAAGAGAGUCCAUGAAUUAGUCAAGCAAAUGAGUAUAUCCGCCGAGGGAUCAGGUAUACUCAUGAAAAGCGGUUCCGAGAGCAGCCUCUCUGAGGCGGAGAAUGCCAAGGAAGCUUCUAGGCUUCACGAGGAGAAGGAAGAGUGCUCCGAUAACGAGUCGAGCAACGGCUCGAGCAACAAACCGUCGCCUCAGAACAAUCACGCGUCUACCGUCGUGCUGCGCAGGAAAAGUCGCGGGAAUCCGAUGUUUAGGAAAAGCGAGGGCGGCGGGCGGGCCGACAGCGAAGGCACGCAGACCAGUGAGUCCGCCAGCAACCCGGGCGACUCUGAGGGGGCAUUGAGGGCCAGCAAGAGCGACACCAGUUUGACCGACAGUUUCGUCAUGGUCACCGAGGCCGACACGAAGCCGCGGAAGAUCAAUCCGCAGAAUAUUCUACGGGACGGCUUCAAGUGGCAGAGACAGUUGGUUUUCCGCAGCAAACUGACGAUGCAUACUGCCUACGAUCGCAAGGACAAUGCAGAACCAGCGUCUAUCACAGCUUUAGCGGUAUCAAGGGAUCAUAGAACAGUGUACGUGGGCGACACCCGCGGCAGAGUGUUCUCGUGGAGUGUGUGCGAGCAACCCGGACGUACGGUCGCCGAUCAUUGGCUGAAAGAUGAGGGCGCGGACUCGUGCGUCGGUUGCGGCGUCAGAUUCAAUCUUUACGAGAGGAGGCACCAUUGUCGCAAUUGCGGACAGGUAUUCUGCUCGAGAUGCAGCCGAUUCGAGUCCAAGAUAUCCAGGCUCGGUAUUUUAAAGCCAGUUAGGGUCUGCCAAGGCUGUUACUCGUCAUUACGGUCACAGCACUCCACUGAGAGUAACACUUAA